AUGAAGUUCUUCACCUGCAUCUUCUUGUUAUCCCUGGUCCUAUGUGUCACCAGUGACAACUGGGCUCAGAGGGCUGGGAAAUUUAUGAAGGAUGCCUAUGGAGCAACAACAGUGUCAAUAACUGUCAUCAUCUGCUUGGUUUAUGGAGACUUCCCCUUUGUCAAGGAGUCUCCUUUCAUCUCCUCCUCAAGAUUUCACUUGGUGGAUGGUACAGUUAGAAAAAGAGGUGCUAAGGAUAUGGCCAGAGCAUACACGGACAUGCGUGAGGCCAACUGGAAACAUUCAGAUAAAUAUUUCCAUGCACGGGGAAAUCGUGAUGCUGCACAGAGAGGACCUGGUGGUGCUUGGGCAGCAAAAGUUAUAAGUGAUGCCAGGGGUUUUUACAAGCAUAUGAGGGGCAGAGAUGAAGCUGACAGACGUGCUGAUCAGGAAGCGAAUAGAUGGGGCAGAGGCGGAGGAGACCCCAACCGCUAUAGACCAAAGAACCUCCCUGAAAAAUACUAAUACAGCUUGUGAAACAUUUUGGCAUUUCUAUUUUCUUUCUGCUUUGCAAGGUUGUAACAAGUACAAUUCAUGACAUGCUUUCAGUGAAAUAGCAACCUUCACAGUCAUAAUGGAAAGGAAAAAAUAUAGAUUCAUAGAUUCAUAGAUUGUAGAGUCGGAAGG